CAAACAAAGUAUGGUACCAGUUCACGGUUGAUUUACAACACUCUCCGUUUAAGUAAAACUGUCCUUCAUGGCGUCACGUUCACCGCGACAAAGUACCGCUGUUCGGAGUCCCAAGAUGACGGAUAGCGUGUCGUCCUCCCCCACUUCUGGCACUGAAUCGAUGGAGGCGGCACGCAAGCGCAAGCACCGUGAGCUAGUCAAGCGCCAGUACUACCAGAAGCUGGAAGUUCUGGAGGAGCUGAGGCGGCAGGAAUACACGCUGGCCACGCAGCACUCGGUGCUGUUGCGUUACGUGCAGUCUCGACCUCCAGUGGCGACGCUGGGAGGUCCUACAGCUUCAGUGCGGCUUCUUCACGAAAGAUAUGUGCAAGCUACACGCGAAAAGGAAAAGCAAUUGAAAGCGAACGCAACACUGCGACGCAUGCAUAGUCAACACCUGACGUUCCACAAGAAGCUGGCUGCUGCAAGUGUGGCACAAGAGCGUGAGCGUCAGUCUGAACGGGACGAGCAAGGUCGAAGUCAAGAGGAACCUAGACAGGAACCCGAAUCGAGUUCAAAUUCGCCUGCCAGUCUGAAGAUGAAGCCCGUUACUGCUGACGCAUGCUACGAAGUCAUUCGAGCGGCAUACGCAGAGGUAUGUAGCUUUCGGACAAGUCGAGAUCUCUACACGUCCAAUGCGGAGGUGCUGGGCUGGACACACCGCUAUCGUCUCGAAGGAGAAAAACUGCAGUAUUGCAUUUGCAAGUUCUUUCCUGGACGUACGGUGCAAGAAAUCUCUGAUCGCGGGUGGGCUGUUAUGACCAAGGAAAGUUCAUACAAAGCUCUCCAUUCAAGAGGGAUGACCUCCAACCUGCACGACAUCCAAACGGUAAACGAGGACAACCGCGUCUUCUGCCGUGAGCUGCAGCGACCUGGACAAAAUGCAAUCAUGAAGACCUUGUUGUUAAUGUCCCGUUUCGAGACUGAAGAUGGGUUGAUGACGAUUUAUCGCGCACUGGAUCAUGAAAAGUUCAGAUUUACUGGGGUUGUUAGUCCUAAAAAUGAAGGCAAGCGGACUUCGAGAGUACCAGAACCGCGAGUUGUUUGGCUCGAUAUGUUUGCAUGGACGUCGUUUGAGAGCCGAAGCGAUGGAUCUGGUGUGGAUUUCCACUUUGGUGGUGAGAUGAAACAUUUUUCAGCAGACAACGCCAAGUUCUGGAUGAUGGAGGUACUGCUCAUGGCUCUCCGCUGGGAAAGUCGAACGAUGGGGCCCCUCGUUACCUUGCACAGUUAACCCAAAACUAAACGAGAUGAAUUCAACGCGUCAGUAUUUAAUAUUUAGGUAGGUACUGUUUGCUUGCCUACUGCACUCGCAAAAAUACAAAAACUCACAAGAUCCCGCUCACUCUGCUGUGAGUGUGAACUGUGAACCUACAGCCAUGCUCUCCCAUCGAACCGCAAUGAACAGGACUUCGCGUAGCCAGAGAGUGGUGGUGGCAGUCCCGCCAAAGUGAAACAGACACUUCUUGGGUUCCUUCGGUACGUUAUAAAAUAAAACCCAAAUGUACUUUUCGAUCCACAUCUCGGACGAUGCCAACUCGAGCGCUGUAGUGGCGUCAACAUGGACUUCUGGUACGCCGCCGACGUCCACCUCUUCGAAGUGCACAAGAUCCUUAUCGAUAGACCGAAAGAGAAGCAGAUAACCCUCUUCAAUCUGUCUCCUGGCAAGCAAGAAGACUGUUUUGACUACUCGGGUGCUGUCUGCUGGUGUAGUAAUGUGCCGGUAAAAGAGUAUCGUAUCAGCGUCGAUAUGCUGUAGUGCAUGGAACCGGACAUCCAA